AAGGACUUUCUGUGGCUCAAUUUACUGGUUCUUCUCUUGGCAUGUUGGCUUGGAUAUCUGACAUUUGCUGGAAUAAGAAUAUUAUUCUCUAGUUGAAAAGUUACUCUCUGAGUAUCUUGGUAUGAUUCUGGGAUCUAUAAGUGUAAUUUAUAUCACAGAAUCUAGUUUCUAAAGCUUCAAUAUUAAAGAGAAAAAAAAAAAAGAAGCUUAUUUGGCAGCAGAAAAAAGUGUAGGAGAUGGAUUUCUUGAAAGUUAAGAAGUUUAGGAAAGCCCACAAGCCUGACCUUGAAAAGGAUUUGGAGGAUAAGCCUGUACCAAAACCAGAAGAACCAAAGAAUGAGAAUGGUGCUACUGGAGGUGAUAAUGAUUUAAAUAAAUCAUCCAAAGCUGAUCCUGCGGCUGAAGUUGAGGAUGAUGAUGAUGAUUUUAUUACGAAUGAGGUGAAGAGGAGAUUGAAAGAACUAAGAAGAAACAGUUUUAUGGUGUUGAUUCCUGAAGAAGAAGAGGAGUCGUACCCUGAGGACGAGGAAGAGGAGGCUGGUGAGACCAGCUCUACUGAGUGGAGGGAUGUGGAAGCAGAAGGCAGACAAUGGUGGGGUGGGUUUGAUGCUGUUUAUGAAAAGUAUUGUGAGCGUAUGCUGUUCUUUGAUCGGAUGAUUGCACAGCAGCUCAAGGAAGCUGGCCCCAGAUAUCCUUCAACUCCACCAAAAUCUGCAUCUAAGAAGCUUGCAUCCCCCCUGCGCUGCCUUUCCUUGAAGAAGGUUGAAGAACCUGAUGAAGAAACGGAGCACCUGCAGCAGCCUAUAAGUAACCCAUAUCAGGAUCUUGAAAUAGCAUAUGUAGCUCAAAUUUGCUUAACUUGGGAAGCACUUCAUUGCCAAUAUACACAACUCAGCCAGAUAGUUUUGUGCCAUCCUGAGAAUCCCACCUGUUACAACUGCAGUGCUCAGCAGCUUCAACAAUUCCAGGUUUUGUUACAGAGGUUCAUUGAAAAUGAACCUUUCCAGGAUGGUCUCAGAACUGAAAUCUAUGCCCGUGCUAGGAAUAUUUUGCCUAAGCUGCUUCAAAUUCCAAACAUACAAGGUUCAGAUCAGAAGGAAAAGGUGGAAGAUGAAUCAGAUUAUGUGGUCCUUGCUCCUGAUAUCAUCAGGAUUAUCGAGAGUUCAAUCCUGACAUUCCGGCAGUUUGUAAAAACGGACAAGAAAAAAAAUAGUAGCAUUAUUAACCUGUUUGGAAACCAAAACCCAAUGGCUACCCCUCUCCAACAAGUUCAGUCUUUAUUAGAGAAGAAGGGGGUGAAGCUGAAGGAACUAUGUAAAAAAACAAAAGGGUGGAAAAAGAAAUCCCGACCGCUAACACAUGAGGAUUUUCCAUUGUUGUUUGGCCUAAUUGACAUCAAAAUUAUCUCCAGGGUUCUUAGAAUGUCAAGGAUCAGUAAAGAGCAGUUGUUCUGGUGUGAAGAAAAGAUGAAAAAACUAGAUUUAUCUGAUGGGAAAUUGCAGAGGGAUCCUUCGCCCAUCCUCUUUCCUUGUUGAUAGCGGUAAGGAAUGAUUAACAGAGCUGGUUUAGUGGUCAGUUAACUGCAGAAAGACCCCUCUAUUUUUGUUUUAAAAUUCAGUGUUGCCAUUGAUUUUUUCCUGGAAAUUUCUUUAUAAUUGAUUGAGUGGUAGCAUAUGAUUUGCUUUAGGUUGAUGGUAUUGAUUGCCAUUUACCAGUUUUUUGCUUCAACUACUUAAAAAUUUAUUAAUCUGGUGAAUGACAUCAAUGCAUCGUGAUCAUCCUAAACCGAAAUUGCUUAUUGAAGAUUAGAAAUGAGAAAGCAGAGGGUCAUUUCUGCAGCAUUGAACAAGAAUUGUGGUUUAAGUUGUUGUGCUUAGGAUAUUUUGUAUCUCAUCAAACUUUUUGAUGUUUCAGAAUUUAGAUACAUGUUGUGGAUAUUGUAUGAGAAGUAAUGCUAAUGUUAUUA